GUUUCUGUUGGGGUUGGUGUUCGUGCACUUCCCUGCUGGGGGCGCGCACACGUCACGUCACUACAGUCACUGUCUCAGUGAGAUGUAGGAGACCAGGGCAACAGCAUAAUAUUAACCACCAGGGAUGAGGAUGAAUUGACUUGCUCCCGUGUGCCACCCAGCAAGGAGGGUUGAGUACGAUGAGUGGGAAGAGCCUGCUGCUGAAGGUGAUCCUGCUCGGGGACGGAGGAGUAGGCAAGUCCUCGCUGAUGAACCGCUAUGUCACCGACCGCUUCGACUCCCAGUCAUUUCACACCAUAGGUGUCGAGUUCCUCAACAGGGACCUGGAAGUGGAUGGACGCUUUGUUACCCUGCAGAUCUGGGACACCGCCGGCCAGGAGCGUUUCAAGUCCCUGCGCACGCCUUUCUACCGAGGGGCCGACUGCUGCCUGCUCACGUUCGCCGUGAACGACCUGCAGAGCUUUCAGAACCUCGGCGGCUGGAAGAAGGAGUUCAUGUAUUACUCUGACGUCAAAGAUCCUGAGCGGUUCCCUUUCGUGGUACUCGGCAACAAGGUGGACAUGGAGCAGAGGGAAGUGGGCGAGGACGAAGCGCGGGCCUGGUGCGAGGAGAACGGCUGCUUUCCUUACUUUGAGACCAGCGCCAAGGAUGACACGAACGUCACGGCUGCGUUUGAGGCAGCUGUCCGGGAGGUACUAGCUGCAGAGGAUCACAUCGACCACUCGGUGCUGAGUGGAACUAUUGAUCUCCAUGGAAACCGCAAAAUAUCCCGAGGGUCCUGCUGCUGACGAGUCCGGUGUGGAACCUCGCUUUUCCGAUUCUGGAUGGCAGAAAUCUGAUGGCUAAUAAGGGAUUGUUUAUGGUACACGAAGGGCAGAUACCGAUUGCUCAAGCAUUCUGUGGAUAAGAUACUGCUGAAGCCGUAUCGAUGCUGCUGAUAAGAUGCAAUUUGAGGAGAGCAGGUGGAAGGGUGCAGUCUGUCAGAGGGCUGACUUAUUGCCCCAUCUGAGGUACAGGCACUCUGAAGCACUAUUCCUAUACUCUGAUAGUAUUAUUGCACAAUUCACCUUUUUCUGCACAUGUAAAUGUGCGCUCAUUAGUAGCAUUCAGAAUAAUAUAAAUUCAAAUGAACAAAUCGCAUACUCAUGUAGUUGUUAACCAGCCAGUAUGCUGAUUUUUUUUAGCUUCUCUAUUAGCAGACAAAUGCUAGCAAGAGACCUGUUUGCAAGCUGACUACGUUUGUUUUCCAACCAGGCACGGACAGAUAGGUACGUAACGAUACUAAGAGAUUGCUGAUCAGAUUAUUUUUAUUGCCCUCAAUAUAAAGGGAAUUGUGAGCAUUGUUUUGUAACUCCAUUCGACUGAAGGUGUUGUUAACACAAUUUAUUUAAUUUCCGCUAAUUCACGUACUGUAUUUGGGCCAGUUUUAAUUUUUUAAUUUUUUUAAAAUUUACCUUACGUGUUCUACUGUUCAUAAACUGCUGUUUGUUUCUCUGUGAGGCACCCCCUCGUUCCAUUGUGUGUUGUUAUUUUAAAGAUCAGGAAAUGAUAAGCGUGCUUCCCUGGUGUGAAGAGGAGCUGAAUUUUAUUGCACUGAACAACAAUCAGGGCAUGUUUUUGAUGCUGUCUUUUUGGAUUGUGUGGCAAGCUUUAAUAAUCCAUCCAGUCCUUUUUUUUUAGCUUCUCAUUUUUAAUGUCUCCUGAGCUUCGCUGGGACUGUUUUUUUUUACGCGUCUCAGCUGAAGGUGAUCACAAAGUUAAACACCUUAACUUCAUUUAUUCUGUAUGGAGUGAAUCACACAUUCAAUAGGAUAACUGUAUGAUAAUUGCAGCUAAAUGGUACUUACAGUUUCAUUACAGUGGGCUCGCGGUACACGUUUACACACAUUUAUGGAGGCUCUCAGUGACCGUGACUCUCAAAAUGAGUUUUUAAUGAAUUCUCAUGUGGUACAUUGAUUACUGCCUAAAUUAUUGUAUUGCAUUUUAAGCAUACAUCGCUUUUUUUUUAAAGAUAAUUAAUUUUGUGGCUAUGUUGCACCAUGUUUUCACACUAUGUUCUCUAAUGAUGCCAGCCUUUGUGUCGUAAAGCAAUUGUGUGUGUGUGCGUGUGUUUGCAUGAGAGAAAGAGUUGUGCAUACAGUUAUAUCAUAAAGUAAAGUGCUAGUUUUGGUUUUUGCCUUUGUAUAUCACCGCGGUGUGAUAUGACAUGAACUAUUUAUUUUUGUCUUCCGUAAGUGAAAAGCGUGCUUUAUUGCAGGGGUAAUGACAUCAUUCUGGCCCCCGAGUUCAGUUCAAAAUUUGGGAGACAAACAUUUUUGCGGCAAAUUCCCUAAAAAAACUAGAGUGCUCCUGUUGUAUAGAGCAGUGGUUCUCAACCUUUUUUCAGUGAUGUACCCCCUCUGAACAUUUUUUUAAUUCAAGUACCCCCUAAUCAGAGCAAAGCAUUUUUGGUUGAAAAAAAGGGAUAAAGAAUUAAAAUACAGCACUAUGUCAUCAGUUUCUGAUUUAUUAAAUUGUACAACAGUGCAAAAUAUUGCUCAUUUGUAGUGGUCUUUCUUGAACUAUUUGGAAAAAAAGAUAUAAAAAUAACUAAAAACUUGUUGAAAAAUAAACAAGUGAUUCAAUUAUAAAUAAAGAUAUCUACACAUAGAAGUAAUCAUCAACUUAAAGUGCCCUCUUUGGGGAUUGUAGUAGAGAUCCAUCUGGAUUCAUGAACUUAAUUCUAAACAUUUAUUUUGUUGAAGUAUUAUUCAAUAAAUAUAUUUAUAAAGGAUUUUUGAAUUGUUGCUAUUUUUUAGAAUGGCAUACCUUCAAGUACCCCCAGGGGUACGCGUACCCCCGUUUGAGAACCACUGGUAUAGAGGAACUUGGACCAGUGUAAACACAUUAAAAGAUCCUUACAUAGACAUGUUUACCUUGCUAGCAAACAGAACACUGGGAUCCAAACUUGUGAUUUAUAUAAAAUAGGCGUUCCCCAAGGCACCCCUUUAAGUCCUCUCCUUCUUGACAGUUAUGCAUUUAUUUCUAAAUGGGAUCAAUGUAAGUAAGGUAUUACUUCAGAUGCAGUCAGUAUUGUUCAACUUCUUUACUUAUACUUAUGGUGUUCCUCAAGGUUCCAUUUUAGGUCCUCUAUUUUUCAGCAUUUGGGCUAUUUAUCUGGUGGCCUGCAAAUUCAGUUAAAAAAAAACUUGCGAGAGACUCACAUUUUUGCAGAAGAUUCCUAAAAAGUGCUGUCAUAGAGAUGAUCUUUGACUAGCUUUUUUGCUCCUGGAACACUGCAAAAUAAAUGAGAUAAAACCCUAUAUAUAUAAAAACAAUUACAAUUGAAAUCCACGGUGAUGGUGUGUAAAGGCAAAGCCACUCAUUGUCCAAGUACUUUUGGUCUUGUUUGUACAAAACUGCAUGUGCAGACUCUCUUCAAGCUUCACUGUGAAACGAACGCAAACUCAAGUCAGGUACUGCCUGUGUACUUUUGUUCUAUGCAGGCCUUUAAUAAGUAGCUUGUUCACAUGAUUGACGUUAACUGCUAGUAUUGUCCUGUCUUAUUGUAACAAAACCCCCGUCGAACAUUUUGUCCCAACUAUAAGUUUCCCUGUUUUCUGUUCAAACGGUGUAGCUUAUAUCACAGCUUCUAUUUGACAUAUAAUUGUGUGUGUGUGUGUGUGUGUGUGUGUGUGUGUGUGUGUGUGUGUGUGUGUGUGUAUAUAUAUAUAUGUAUGUAUGUACGUAUGUAUGUAUAUGUAUAUAUGUAUAUGUGUAUAUGUGGUCCAUUUCACUUAUCAUGAUUUCAUGUCAGUGUUCUCUCAUGUUGCUGUAAUAUUCAUGAAUGUAAAACCUAAUUUGGGCUGUCUGGAAUAAAACGAUCAAUUUUAUUAUAAUGGCCUAACUGACACUGAGCGUCUGUUUCCUUCAGUUCAAGCAGUGAAUUUGAUUUAGGUGGUGCAAAAGUCGAAAAAGCCAACUUUGUUUCCUCCGUUUUUAAAUGUUUUGCACUACAUUUUAAUAAGACUGGUUGUCUUGCUUGGCUGCAAAAUAAAACACACCAAAUGUAUACAGCUUUUGUGUUUUUUUUUGGUUUGUUUGGCUUGAAUUAGAGCCAACAAAAAGCAUUUUCUAAUAAUAUUCCUUUUCAGUAAAGCCGUGUCAUUUUGCAGCGACAAGCUACCCUGUCAAAGUGAUGCAUUGUCCAUUGAUUGCUUAGCCAGAUCCCAGGAAAAUGAUAUUCCAUCUACUUAAAAUGCCUUUUGUUUUGUCUUGAGACAUAAAAAUUGUAGUGUGAAAUGAAUCGAAUGUACCAAGUGAGAAACAGUGUUGCCAGACAUACAAUUAUCGUAUUUGUAGGAUUAUUUCACUCCGUGUGACAUACAAUCAAUAAUUCCAAUGAACCCUUAAUGAGGGAUAUUUGAUCCCUUCAAUACAUGCCUAUUAGCAGCAAACACAUGUGCCUCUUUGCAGCCAGGUGGGGGCGCUGUUCUGCCAGCUGCACUUUUUUUUUUCAAAUAGAGCUCUUAGUUUAGGUCAGACUGUAACAUAAAAUCAACUGUUCUUAACUUUUUCCACCCCGGGGCCCAACUUUUUCACUACAAAGGAGCCGGCUC